CUGCCUCUCCAGUAUUUUCUCGGUCGCCGUGAAAGGCAGAACUCACACACACACACAGGCGGCAGGAUGUCGAUUGUCAGCAUCGUUGCCAGGGAGAUUUUGGACUCCCGGGGAAACCCCACAGUGGAAGUGGACGUUCACACGGAGAAAGGUCUGUUUAGGGCUGCGGUGCCUAGUGGAGCCUCUACAGGUAUAUACGAGGCUUUGGAGCUCCGAGAUGGCGACAAGAGCCGCUAUAAGGGCAAAGGUGUUUUGAAGGCAGUCGGACACAUCAAUGACACUCUGGGACCAGCCCUCAUAGCUUCUGGCAUCAGUGUGGUGGAACAGGAGCAGCUGGACAACAUGAUGAUCGAGAUGGAUGGCACAGAAAACAAAUCUCAGUUUGGAGCCAAUGCCAUCCUUGGAGUGUCUCUAGCCAUCUGUAAAGCAGGUGCAGCAGAGAAAGAUGUCCCCCUGUACCGCCACAUAGCCGACCUGGCUGGAAACACAGAGUUGGUGCUCCCAGUUCCUGCCUUUAAUGUGAUUAAUGGAGGAUCUCAUGCAGGAAACAAACUGGCAAUGCAGGAAUUUAUGGUUCUUCCUGUUGGGGCCGAGUCUUUUAAGGAGGCAUUGAGGAUAGGAUCUGAGCUUUACCACACACUGAAAGGGGUGAUUCAUGAGAAAUAUGGCCAGGACGCCAUCAACGUCGGAGAUGAGGGAGGAUUUGCUCCCAACAUCCUGGAGAACAGUGAGGCCUUGGAGCUGCUGCAGACGGCCAUAGAGAAGGCAGGCUUCACGGAAAAGGUGGUGGUUGGGAUGGACGUGGCUGCCUCCGAGUUUUAUCGCGAGGGCAAAUAUGACCUUGACUUCAAAUCCCCGCCAGAUCCACAGCGACACAUCAGCGCAGAGGAGCUGGCUGACAUCUACCAGGGCUUCGUCAACAACUACCCAGUGGUGUCCAUUGAGGACCCGUUCGACCAGGACGACUGGGAGGCCUGGUCCCGUCUCACAGCUCAGGUUGGGAUCCAGGUUGUCGGGGACGACCUGACAGUAACCAACCCGAAGAGGAUAGAGAAAGCUGCCGAGGAGCGAGCCUGCAACUGCCUCCUGCUCAAAGUCAAUCAGAUCGGCUCCGUCACUGAAGCCAUACAGGCGUGUAAGCUGGCUCAGGCCAACGGAUGGGGGGUGAUGGUCAGCCAUCGUUCAGGAGAGACAGAGGACACCUUCAUCGCUGACCUGGUGGUGGGACUCUGCACUGGACAGAUUAAGACCGGUGCCCCCUGCAGAUCCGAGCGACUGGCCAAGUACAACCAGCUUAUGAGGAUUGAGGAGGAACUGGGCGACCAGGCUCGCUUUGCAGGCCAUAACUUCAGGAACCCCAGCGCCCUGUGA